AUGCGGCUGUCAGACUCCAUGAGUAAGUCGGCAGAGGUGUGGCUUCCGGCGAGCACGUUAGUGCUGGAGUGGCAGGAAUCGAUCAGCUCCAUGAGGCGGGAGAUGAUGCGGGCAGGCCUCAUCGACGAACUGAUCGACGAAGGCAUGGAAGAGAUGGCCGCAGCCUCGGAUCCGCUGCGGCUCCAUGAACCCGAGCGAGAGAGCAAGCACGAUGCAGGACGAUCUGGCCAUAGACGCCUCUGUGCGCAUGGCAAUCUCCAAGCCGCAGGCGGCGGCGGUAGCAGCCCCCGCAGCUGCGACGUCGGCUGCAGUGCCAGACCCCCAGCUGGUGGUGCGAACAGCUGGAGCAUGGCCGAGCAGGAUCCAUCAAGUCAAAGAGGACCCAAGGCACGGUUUCCGCACAGCAACGAGGUGUUGGGCCUGAGGCCGCAGCAGCGGGCAGCGGCAGCAGCUGGCUACGCUGGAGCAAAAGCACGCUUUUGUUUGCGCUUUAAUUCUGUGGAUGGGUUCAAUACACACGCCUCCGACAUGGCAGUCUUGCUUCUCAUGGCAGCUGCGAUUGCAGCCGCGGGAGGUGCUCUCGACCUGCCCUCCUUGGCAGGGCAGGUUCAGCUGCUGGGCUUCUCUGGCGACCAGACGAAUUACAACGAGUCUGCUCCCCACAUGCGCUGGACGGGCCAUGUGGGCGUACGCUUCCAACAUGCGCCGCAGGACACCGUGUUCGGCUUCACGCCCGACACGGUGCUAAGGCAGGACAUGCAUGCGCUGGUGUCGACACUGCUGGAGGGCAACAGCUUCCCUGGCAGAGUAUCGAACGACUUUCCAGACUUUGACGAUGCUGCGCUGUCGCCUUUCGGGGUCGUCUUCGUGUUCUGGGACAUCACGGGGACCUGCAAGGAAAAAGACUGUGGACUGUCUUCCGUCAGGAAAGACAUGACUGACAUGAGCAAGUCCUACGCAUUUCCGCCAGAGGCACCACUCAAAUAUCGAGGAACAACAUACUCUGCUUGCACGACCACCUGGGGCGAGACGUGCUUCAAUUGCGCCACAUAUCCCAAGUCAGUGGGGUUGCCAAUUCCGGAAGACACUGGGAUGCUGCCCGAAUAUUUGGAGAAGAUGGCUUUGCUGCAUGGCUCCUUUUGCAGAUGCUACAAAUCUGGCAGAUGGCAUUCGAAGUCUGAUUGCUGGGCUGAGAGAAACAGAGUUCUUUUCAACACCUGUACAUUUGAACAGCCAGUGGAAGACCUUUGA